ACGGACAGACAGACGCCGAGAGAGAGGGAGAGUAUCAGCUCAGCAGCAAAAUGGUGGCCAAACAGAGAAUCCGCAUGGCCAACGAGAAACACAGCAAAAACAUCACACAGCGAGGCAAUGUCCCGAAAAGCUCCAAGGCUGCGAUAGACGAAAAGUCAUCUGUUGGUCCCUGGCUAUUGGCACUUUUCAUUUUUGUUGUUUGCGGAUCAGCUAUUUUCCAGAUUAUUCAGAGUAUCCGCAUGGGCAUGUGAAUGGACAAAGCUUCGAUUUCUGUACCUUUCAGUGUCUCGCUGUUAAUUCCAGCUGUGAAUCCAACCAUUCCAAUACCUCCUUUGUUCUGCAAAACAAUGGAUUUUACAGAAUGAAUCUGUCUGUAGUUUUCUGAAAAAAAAACUUAAUUCAUGGCGUUGCUAAAAGUCUAGUUCAUUCCUUCUCGUGUCCCAAGGAAGCCGGGCUUGGUAAAGCUAUCCAGCAGUUAAUUUUGUAUUUUAAUCAGGGAGACUUGCAGAUGGUUUGUAAGUUUGUAUUUAAUAUGUGAAUAUUUUAUCAUAUAUAUCGUAUAUAUGGUUAAUAUGUAGGUAAGAACCCUGCUUUUGUGUAGUUAAAACAUUUUUAAUCCUCCCCAGCUGUAAAUUGUAGAGGAGAUGGUUUUGUUGCCUGUCCACUUUGAGAUACAAAAUGCGCAUCUUUCUAAAUUAAACUUUGUAAUUCCAGAAAAGUGCCUUCCUUUGUAUAUUAAACAGCACAUCAUUGUAGGAUCACAGAUGGAAAGGCAUUGCUGAUUUGUUUUAGUGUAAUAGUCCCGUGUGCUGUCCAAUGAAUAGUCUGUGAUUGGUUAAAUAUUGUCCUGUUCAAGCUAGGAAGGACAUCUUGAUCAUCAAUGAUAUCUUUAAUCUCUUGCAGUUGCCAACGCGUAUAACAAGCACAGCUGGCCUUUAUUGGGGGGGGGGUAGAAAAAUUAUGCAAUUGAAACGCCCAGUCUGUGGCUAGGGGCACGGAUUGGCAGGGUGCUGAACCUUUCCAGACCUGAGCCCAGACAGUGUCCUGGCACGUGGGCGAUUUGAGUGCACAUGACCUAAUAUAAAAAGCAUCUCUACUUUUCACUCUCGUGUCUGGAAACCCUUGUUGUAAAUCACGGCAUGCUAACAUCCUGUUUCUUGACUACCUGGAUGCUGCUUUGUCUGAUCAGGACCACUUGAUUGCAUUUCUAACUGUAAGUGAUUGCAGCAUUUGUCACCCAAAUAAAUAUAUUUUUGCUUGA